AUGCUUAAGUUAGCUUGUGAUACGGGUAAGCAGGAGAAGGAUAAGGAAAUAGCUGAUCUGAAGGCACGAUAUUUGGAGGCAGAAGCGAAGAAGAAAAAAGAGUUAGCUGCUUUGACAGCACGAGUAUCGCAGGCAGAGACAGUUCAGAGGAAAGAGAUGGCUGCACUGGCAGCACGGAUUUCGCAGGUAGAAACAGAGAAGGAAAAGGAGGUCACGGCAUUGAGAGCACGGUUAUCGGAGGCAGAGACAGCGCUGGUACAUCAGAAGCGAGAAGUGAUUCAGAUUUGGGAGGCUAUUACAUUGGCUUGUCAGCAAACGACCGAUGCGGAUAUUAAGAUCAUACGUGCCGCGGAUACUACCAAAGUGGAACUCACAUUUGCGGAUCUGUCAAUGAAGCCGCCUUGA